CUGCUUUGGGUCCCCCUUCAAUUACUAUGGUCCUUUUCCACAAUCCUAUAUUUACAAGCUCGCUCCUCUAAUAUUAUUGCCUUCUUGCAUGUAUCUUCUUCACAUGCAGUUUUAAGCAGUUUGCAGCUUAAUUCGAUCCAUGGCUUUCCCUAUGUUGAAUAUCGCAGCAGCAGCAGCACUUCUCUUUGUCUUUGCUCUUGCUAGAAUCGAGCUUUCAUCAUGCCAGUUUGUGAGGGCCAAGGUCGCUUGCCUUGAUUGCAAUCAAGAUUAUGCCUUCUCGGGCAUUAAGGUUUUGGUGAAGUGUGAUAAAGUGAAAAAGUUAGCCAUGGCAACCACAGAAGAUGAUGGCUCUUUUGAAGUAGAGCUUCCUUCAGACAGUACCAAUAUUUCAAAAUCUUCUGAUCAUCUUCCAGUACUGAACUGCCAUGCAAAGCUGCUGGGGGGUCCAACUCAGCUCUAUUCCUCAAGGAAAUCAAUGGUGUCCAGAAUUAUCGAGACCCACGAGAAGCCAAACUCCUACACCAUCUCCACUCCUCUCAGCUUUUACACAGCUUGCCCUACAACGUAUACGAUAUGCAGGGACAUGCACAAGUUUGGUUCUUCCAAGAACAUCAAUCUGCCCCUGCCAGCGGAGUGGGGUUUAGCACCAUCUAGCUUUUAUAUUCCUUGCUUUCCCAUCGUCACAGGCAUACCUUGAUCACUAUCCAUAUAUAUUGAACUAAAUCUACGCCAUGAGUACUCUGUUUGUAUUAAUUCUAUAUACACUGUACUGUUGAGAGAGAGCGCUAAAUAAUUAUCAUGUACGUCUGUAUUAUAUAUGACUCAUAUGGAUAAUGUAAUAAUCUCUAGC